GUAGUGGCGGUAGUGCGCGUAAAGUAAAGAUCAAUCGAUUUCACGAAGCUGAUUCAAGGGCGGCGCCAUUUUGAAGAGACUGAUACCCUACAUACUGUCUACGCAUUAUUACUUUAUUGAGCUUCACCCGAAGGGCAGUGACUGAAACAGGUAUGGAAUCUCAGCUGAGGGAGUAUCGGGCCCGCAAGGCGAGGGAGAAGAUGAAGGAAAGCAACAACCAGCCAGGAGUAUGGACACGGAUUUGGGGGACAAAUACCACGUCAGAUGGUCACGAUGCUGGAGAUCUGUCAAAGGAUUCUGCUUCAUGUAAAUUGACGACACCUGCUGUCAACAGCCUUCAGGAACACACUCCUAAGAAUCGUGUUCUCCAGUUCAUAGCCCAGGACAACUCGUUUUUUACCAAUUUGUUCGUCUUGAAACUCCUCCUAUGGAUUGUUCUCUUUGCUCUAUUCCUUCACCUUGAGUUUGCGGCGGUGUACGUCGUCGUGUCGUCCUUGUACAUUAUUUACUCUACCCUGGGAACCAGGCAAACCAGGGCACCAGGGGAACUCAGUGCCUACUCGGUGUUCAACCCAAACUGUGAAGAGAUCGAGGGAACUCUGACGGCCGCUCAGUUUGAGCGGGAACUGAAAUACGGGAUCGGGUCAACGAAGAAAUGACACUCAAGUGGAUUUGAACAAGGAGGGAGAUUUUUCAUAUCACAAUAAGCUGUAUUUGAAGAACAAGACAGGUUUGAUGUGAUAAUAUUCAGUUUUGAAUAUAUGCCAUUUCAUUUGUCAGUACUCAGCCACUGAAAUGUGUUUUCAAAGCAGCAACUGCCAUGCUUCUGUUUCAUCAAAGGGAAAUUUCUGAAUAUAAAUUUUCAGUAUAAUACAUGUACAUGUACUACUAAGGGAAUAAUAGUGUGAUGGAGUAGGCCAAGGCCCCUAACUGGUUUGAAACAUUACAUUUAUAAUUAGUAUACCUCAUAAAUAUUCAUGAUCGAGAGCCAAACUCUCACUGGUCAAUUUACCAACAUUGUUUACCAAGCGCACGCAUGAGGAAUUUGAGGAUGCGUGAAUCCGCAUUCAUAAAUACGCAUUCGUAGUAGACUGUCGCACGGGUUACCCAUACGACAGUCUACUACGCAUGCGCUUUACAAAGCAAUUGUGGAACUGUCGGUUGGGUGUAGUACGCAUGCGCGAACAUCGCCCAAGCAAGCUACACACGAAGAGAGAUAGUUGCACAGUACGAGUAAAUGUUAAUUUCUCGAGCUCAAUGAUGCCGAACUGGAGAAUAUUUAUGGACAAUAAAGAUGCCUCCUGUACAAAAGAAAGUUGCCCACAAACUACUGUAUUUACAACUGUUGUUACUGUAUUGCAAACGAACUGAAAUAAAAAAAGUGAGGUUGAGCAAUAAGAUUUUUUUGGUGAGCUGGACAAGUUUCUC